GUCAUCUGUGUGCGACAGAAACGGGUGAAAGGUAUCCUGAUUGUGGCAGUAUCCAUGGGCAGAGUGAAACCAUAGUGUGAAACAGAGGUCUACAGCAGCAGAAUGAUGAAUGUAAACAGACUCGUUGUCCUCUCUAAGUCUGUGAAAAUCGCAAAGCAGAUUGUCUCCGGUAACGUCGGGCAUGCUGGGAAAGACGUGCUCCUUAUUCAACAGCGGAGAUCCAUUAAAACACACUCCAGAAACCUCGCUUAUGCCAAGGAUCUGUUCCUGGGCCAGGUGAACAAGGCCGAAGUUUUCCCUUAUCCAGAAAUUGGAAAUGAGGAAGCAGAUGAGAUCAACCAGCUUGUUGCUCCAGUGGAAAGAUUCUUCACUGAGGAAGUUGACUCAGCAAAGAUCGACCGGGAAGCCAGAAUCCCUCCAGAGACUUUAGACGGGUUGAAGGAGCUCGGUCUGUUUGGGAUCAUGGUCCCUGAGGAGUACGGUGGUCUGGGAUUGUCCAACACCAUGUAUGCACGGCUGGCAGAGAUCAUCUCAUUAGACGGCUCCAUCGCUGUCACACUAGCCGCACAUCAAGCCAUCGGCCUGAAGGGGAUUCUGAUCGCAGGAAACGAAGCCCAGAAGCAGAAGUAUUUGCCCAAACUGGCCUCAGGAGAACACAUCGCAGCUUUCUGCCUCACAGAGCCCGGAAGCGGGAGCGACGCUGCCUCCAUUCAGACCCGUGCGACGCUCUCGGAGGAUGGAACACAUUACCUGCUGAACGGCUCGAAGUUUUGGAUUUCUAACGGGAACAUGGCGGAUGUAAUGACGGUGUUUGCCCGGCAAGAGGUGGUCAUUGAUGGCGUGAAGAAGGAUAAGAUUACAGCGUUUAUCGUGGAGAGAGCUUUUGGGGGCGUCACUCACGGCAAGCUGGAGGACAAGCUCGGCAUCAGGGGAUCCAACACUUGUGAAGUGAACUUUGACAACGUCCCAGUGCCUUUAGAGAAUGUAAUUGGAGAAGUAGGAAGUGGAUUCAAGGUCGCCAUGAACAUCCUGAACUCAGGAAGGUUCAGUAUGGGGAGUUCUUCAGCUGGGAUGAUUAAAAAGAUGAUUGAACUGACCUCUGAGUAUGCCAUGACCAGGAAGCAGUUUAACAAAAGCCUGGGGGAGUUCGGGAUGAUUCAGGAGAAGUUUGCACUGAUGGCUCUGAAUGCCUUUGUGAUGGAGAGCAUGGCGUACCUGACAGCAGGGAUGAUGGACAGACCGGGCCUUCCAGACUGCUCUCUAGAGGCUGCCAUGGUUAAGAUAUUCAGCUCAGAGGGGGGCUGGAUUUGCGUCAGUGAAGCUCUUCAGAUCCUCGGUGGUCUGGGUUACACAAAGAACUACCCCUACGAGCGCUGGGUCAGGGACUGUCGUAUCCUGCCCAUCUUUGAGGGGACCAAUGAAAUCCUGCGGAUGUAUGUUGCUCUGACUGGAAUGCAGUAUGCUGGAAAAGUGCUCACAGGGAAAAUAAAGGAGAUGAAGAAAGGAAAUAUUGGUCUGGCGUUGGGGAUGGUAGGAAAGAAACUGAAGACCUCUUUUGGAGCUUCAGUGGAUCUCGGCCUGACGGGGAAAGAUGGAUUGGUGCAUCCCAGCUUGGCAGAAAGUGCAAAGAAGCUUGAACAGAACAUCAACCUUUUCGGGUCUUCGGUGGAGAGCCUGCUGUACAGAUACGGAAAGACCAUCGUGGAUGAACAGCUCAUCCUGAAGAGGGUAGCAGAUGUGCUGAUCAACCUCUACGCCAUGACAGCCGUCCUGUCCAGAGCCAGCCGCUCCAUCAGCAUCGGGCUCAGGAAUCACGACCACGAGGUGCUUCUCACAAACACGUUCUGCAGCGAAGCUUUCUUCAAGAACAACUACUUGAUGACUCAGUUGCAAAAACACUCUCCUGAAAACAACGAUGCCAACAUCAAAAAGAUCGCCCGGGAGGUCCUGGAGAACCGAGCCUACGUCUGCUCUCACCCUCUUGAGAGAACAUACUAAGCUCACUCGCGUCCCUGUAGCUGUCUGUGCUCAUUUAUCUGGACUGUUGUUAACACAUGAGCAGUAAGCUGACUGUUAAAUUAAGAGAUUUCUGCUUCGUUUAUUGUAUUUUAUUAACCGUGUCAUCCGAUCUGUUGAGCGCUGAUGAUUUUGUAUGAAGUUUAAUCCAAAGUGCAUAUUAAGCUCAGUGCUACGAGUCAGUCUGCCACAAGACGCUAAUUUUAUUCUUUAAAGCCUAUUUGGUGUAUAAUAUAGUAGCUUCUACAGUAUCCCCUGCAGGCUGGGCUUCAGUGAAACAUGCCUUCAUGUCGUCCUUUUGGAAAUAGAAGAUAUUCUUCUCAUGGUCUGUCAGAGGAGGAGCGGUCCGUUUAUACAGGAGUGAAUGCUGCUUUCUGAAUCCACUGUAAGAAGUUGAACAUUAAUAUGAACACAAACGUUUGAUUAUGAUCUGUUCUGUUUGCUGAGUGUUUUUUUUCUUUUUGAAUAAAAAUGUAACUCAAACUGA